AUGGCGGUUGCUCCGGAAGACGUGGCGAAGAAAAAGAAGGGUCCCGGAGUUGAUGGUCACAUUGCGACAGGUAUCAACAAGAUAUGCUUCUUCACGAUCAGUGACUUUGUUGAAGACAAAGUCCGGGUUCGAACAUUGAACAUUGUGGCCUUCUCGCUGAUUUACGUCUAUUUCGUGUUUGCUUUGCUGAAGACGACGCCAGCCCCCGAGCCUCGAUUGAAGACGGUGAGGUUCGCCAACCCUCCACCUACUGCAUGGGUCUCGGGCGACUUACCAGCGGACUUGAAGAGCUUCUUCAUUGGAACGGGAAGUCUUCCGAAUCGAUCGCAGAAGCUCUUUGCAGUCGAUGAUGCUGGAAGUCCCAUGAGGAAUACGCACGUGGAGGUUGUUGCGUCCAACUUCGUUGCCGAUGGCCCGCUCCCGUGCUCCAAGGCGCAGUUCGACGCCAUGAAGGGGACACUGGAAGCCCGGCGCCUUCAGCAUGUCUGCAAGUACGAGGUUGGUUUUAAUGCCGGUCCAACGAAUGAGAUGGGCCUCAUUGCACUUACGGACUUCUCUGUGCGGGGUCCUGCGGGAAUGUACACGCUGGUCCCAUCGUCGGGUGGUGUGCAAUCGACUGAGGGCGCCUCAAUGCUCGUCUCCACUCCAGUUGCCAGCAUCGAAGUGGUGAACCUCACCACGCCGAACCUGGACCCAGUGGAUCCACCCACCUUCGUCGAGGUUGGCGAACCUUUCAAGUGGCAGCCCUCGCUUCUCAUUCGUGACAUGAAUGGGCUGCCAGUCCCCGGUCGCAAAAUCGUGGCCUUUGCGAAUCCCGACCCCGCGUGGCCACCUUCCGGAGAUGCUUCCCGUGUUGAACGCUAUGAAAGACGUGGGCAGAAGGUGGUGGAGUUGAACUGCCCCGAAUCGGAGCCAUCAGAUGCACGUGGCAUCGCUCAAUUCACAUGCCUGGGUGUCAACAGCACCAAUGUAGACCACGUGAACAUCGUGUUUUCGGACAGCGCCCUGGUUUUCUUUCCAUGGAGCGACCCAGUGUAUUCUCCAAGGAACCUUUACCCCUUGCCGGUUGAGAAGUUCCGCUACCCCAUCUUCAUCUUCCCAAGAGCUACUUCCGUACAGGUGUCUACCAAGGUCCCAUCGACUGUGGUAGAAGGAGUUCCAUUCGAUCCACCGCCAGUGGUCUCGGUGCUGGAUCAAAAUGGGCAGCCCCUGUCAGGUGUGAGAUGCUAUGCACUGCUGUCGGUGGACGGGUUCCUACGGAAUCCAAACUGGUUUCGCCGCAAAUUGAAGGGUGUGAAGAGCAAGGAGCUGUUGAACGCAGAUGCCGUCACCGAUGCCAGCGGCAUGGCGCAGUUUAGCGGGCUCAUGCUGUCAGUUUAUGGCAACGUUCGCAAUCUCGACUUGGUGGGCCAGUGGGAACCUACAAGCUUCCCUUACUCGAUCGACUUCAAUUGCGAUGGCACAAUGCAGGAGUCCCAUGCCUGGAGUGAAGCUUCCGGUGGCUACAUUACCCAGGUAGACACGACCGUGGCGGAAAUCAGGAUUAAGCGCUUCCUUCGGCAAACAGCAGAGCUGGGCCGAUACGGUGUGGAGCCUGCGCCAGAUGGAACGGACACCUUCGUGGCUGUGGUUCGAGUUCUGGAUGCUGCAGGGAACGGUGUGGCGGGCAAAUCGGUGGGUGUGAGGAACCUUGGAGGCGAGGGCGUGGUCGAGCUAGCGCCUGAUGCUAUGGAGGUGACAAAUGACCAGGGCUUUGCAGUCGUGGCUUUCCAGGCAAUUUUUGGAGGCGGCACGCUGGCAAAUACGGGCCAGUUCAGCUUCAAAGUCCGCUUCAACUGCGAUGGCGUUGAAUCUCCAGAAAGCGAAAGUCUCUCAGCUAGGGUGGUUGGAGGGCCACAACCGGAGGUGUGCCAGCAGGUUGUGCCAAUUCAAGCCUCCUUCUACAGCCUCACGACCUCGCAGUUCACGGUGCUGACUGGACCGCCGCCUUAUGUUAUGCAGUCUGGGGACAUCUUCUUCUCAACUGUCAGGUUGCAGAGCCAGACCAGCUGCGUCAACUUUCCUUCGAUUUCAACCCCGAACACCAGCACGUGCUUUGACAUCACCGAAAGGCGACUGCAGGCCGAGGCUGAGGAGUUGCACGCGGAGGCUGCUCGGAGGCUCAAAGCAUCUGCACUCGGAGAGCCCGUGCCCUCGCCGAAGUCCGCCACAUCGCGCAAGCUUCAAUCAAACCCGGAUGGCAGCCUGAAUCUGGUGCUACUUGAUGCAUAUAGCAGCGAUAAAGACCGGUUUGGCUUUGUGCGGCAUGAGCCGCGGCCCAUGCUCGACAUGCAAAUCACCUCGUCCAUCACUCCGACGCCUCCGCCGGCAACGCUGAGGGAGUACAACGAGAAUCCAAGCUUCGUCAGCUUCGCGACGCAGUUCGAAGCCACCUCGGGCGACCAUUGGGUGCAGAUCGGCGCAUUCAUUGAUGAUGGGUCCGGCAACUCUCACCAUUGCCUCUCCAAGCCGAUACCGAUGCGCUUCGAGAAUGCCAUUGCAGACAUUGGUGUGGAGGGAGAUGCGGGCUUCGGCGCAUAUUUCGAGAGCGUCAUCGAUGCCGGCUCCUCCAUAGACAUCGACUUAAGUUUCAUCCUCGACCAGUCCCUCGGUGAUCCUACAGACCUCAGCCGCAUCCCGAAUUGCAUCCACCUCUCUGCAGACGCCUGGGCUUUGUGCUCGCUGAAGUUCACAUUUGUGGAGGCGCCGUUUAACUUCCAUCGGCCGUUCGGCAUGACGGAUAACGUGCCAGAAGCACACCCGCUGAGCACGGACUACUACGCAAUCUCCCCGGUUCAGAAGACGGCUUCAACGAAUGCAGCCGGAUAUGACAGCACCACCGGAAAACUCCACUUGAGAAUGCAGAUGAAAGAGAAAGGCGUGUACGGAGACUUCGGCAUCCAGUUUAGAGGCUUCGGAGUAAACAGCCGAAUUUUCACCUGGAGGGUCAAUCCUCCACGUGGCCUCCGCCUGGAAGUUGUACAAGAACCAGGCUUCACCUUCAUCCCAGCCUGGACAGGCAAUCUAAUGGAUCAACUCCCCAUUGUGAGAGUCUUGAGUGACGAUGGCCCCGUGAAUGGCUUGAUUUUGAGCUAUGACUUGGUGAAUGAAGACGAUGGGAGGUUCAAGAAGCUGACGGUCAUGCCCAUGUAUUCGACGUUUCCCUUCUUGUAUUCCAGCCCAUCUGGGCAAGGUGAUACAGACUUUUUGCAACGAGUUCUUCCUGCACAAGAUGGAGUGGCGUACUUUCCAAUCAUGGGCAUUGUAGAUGGUGCUGGGUGUACCCGAAUGCGAUUUGUAGCAGAGGGGGUUGAGACUGAACCGGUGCCGGCGGCAGCGCCAAUUUGCCUGUCGGCGCCCUACAAUUUUUUCAUCGUCAGCCAGCCGCCGUCAACCUGGCCGCUAAACAUUGGCCUCGACGAGUUUGGCGGCAGCAUCACGGUGGAAGUCCGACCCGCGUUCGGCGGUCUGUCGAUGUUUACAGAGCAGCUUGGUGGGCUGUUGGUGCGACUACUAGUGUCCAGUGAAGGUGGACGGGGUGUGAGCGAUUCAGAGACAGCUGCUGAGCUCUCCCAGCGCAUGCUUGAAGAUUCCGUGUGCGUCUUCGUAAAUCAACAGGAGGCGCUGGGUCGCUGCAGCAGAUUGGAGGUAGUGCAAAUCGUUCCCUACGCUGUUCUGCGGUUCUCUUUCUUGAAAGUCCGUUGGACAAGACGGAUCUCGCAACCUGCCAAACUUGCAUUGAAAGUCAGCGAUCUGUCUGGCACAAACUUUAGGUUUUCUACCAGCAAGCCUGCCAACUUUGACGACAUGUCAGCUACGGAGCAGUUUGCAUCAUGUGCCGCCGCCGUGGCAGAAACGAUGCAGGACACGCAGGCCUCAUCCACAACGGAAUUAACUGCCGAAACCACAGCCAGUGCUUUCUCCCUUGCUCUGCAACCACCCGAGAUUGCCACCGUGGGGACGGUGUUUCUGGUGCGAUUGAAAGUUACAACGGCAAGCGGUGCUCCGGUCAGAGAUGUGAGGGUUCGUGCAGGCAUCCAGAAAGCCGCCGCCACCUCGCCUGGCAGCACCUCUCCAGCAACGCUCCAGGCCUUGGCACUGAACGGACGCAAGUUGGAGGUCUUAGCGGACAGUGCCGUGGAGCUCGACCCACAAACGACGGUUCGCGUGAGCAAGCCCACGGGCAUCAUCUCGUUCCCUUUGACCAUUACACGCGCCGUAAGCGGCACCUACAAACUGCUGUUUCAGCCCGACGUGCCAGAUGCGAAUGUGGUCCUGGAAACCAGCGCCUUCAAAGUGGAGAACUCUGUCUCCCGAAUCUAUUCCGAUGAGGCUGCAUGGGGCCAGGUGGAGAUCCCUGACUUCGGCCAACUCACUCCGCUCCCGCGGACACCUCGAUUCUGUGUGGAGACGGCAACGAAUGAGUCCUUGACGGAUCUUCAGUCCGCAGGUGUCCGGGCGAUCAUCAAGCUUAGCCUUAAAGGGGCUCCCUCACAACAAGAGUCCAAAGCCAUGAGGCUGGCAAAUGAUCUGAAACAGGGUGCGCGGCAAUCCUUGCGAAAUUCUGCCAACGACAUGGCUGCAAGAUUGUCUCAGCAAUCCAGCGGCUUUAUGAAGGAGACGGUCGACCGAUUCAUUGCCAACUCGGCCAGCCCAGCUAAGGGGUCCUUCGCCGGCCUCUCCCCAGACUUUGCUGAGGCCUGCCUGACAACACCCCUGAGGCAGAUGCAGGUCGGGGACCCCUUCACAGAGCUUGGUUUCGGCAAUGUUUCCGAUGUUGGUCUCUCUGUUUUGCAGUCCUCCAGUGUGUCUGAAGCCCUUGGCGUUGACCCAACUGCGCUGGAGCCUUCGCAGAUUCUGGACCAGUUCUCACAGGUGAUCAUGUCUGCAGGGGGCAGAGUCUCUUCUCCGAGCGAGAAGUUGGUAGCGGCUGAGUGGGAGUUUUCACUGGAGGACUUGGAUUUCGAGGCGCCAUGCGCGUACACCUUCAAGAGCCAGCCUCUGUUCGCUUUCAAAGAGAACACAGAGUACGCCUUCAGCGUGUCGGUGAAUGGGGUCGAGAGCCCUGAAGGCGUCGCCUUCAAAGUGGUCAGAACACCACCGGACCCAGUGGAUGUAGCGUUCAACUGGUUCUGCUCCGCUAUUGCGGGCAUCGUCGGUGUCAUCCUUCUGACCACGAAUGCGAGGGUGCACCGAUGGUACUGGUUCAUUUUCGCGAUCGUCUGCACCGUGGGCAUGCUGGUGGCUGCACCCUUCUUGUCCUUGCACAGGGAUGCCAUGUAUGGCGGUUGGGUCUACUUUGCACUGGUGGACCUGGUGCUGAUACUGGUCGCCCUUGUCUGGGGCAUGGCCGCCGAAGUUGGCAGCAACAAGGUCUUGACCUUCGACGAGAAGCGCUCGGAAGUCUUCGAGGCCUACACCCACAAAAGGCUCUGGCAAGCCCUGAGCUUCAAGGAUGUUCCACCCGAGCGAGCAGUUCGGCAGUCCCUGAUAUCAUCGAUCAAGCGGACUUUCUUCACGCGCUUCAACGCAGAAGAUGCCUUCUUCUUCCCAUCAGCGCUUCUGGUUGCCAACCUCUUGGCCUUCCUUUCCUUCAGCUACAUAUUUGCACAGUCUAUACAGGUCUUGUGGGCACUGGAAGGCUUUUUCAACAUGAUCUUGAACACGGCCCUGGAAAAAUCCAUCGGGCUUAUCUCCAGCGUUAACAAUGCGUACUUUCAAGUCUCCAAUGCCGACUUGCCCGACAGCUCGACUGAGUUCAUGUACGUCCAGCUCGACUUAUUGAAAUCUUGGUUUCAGCAGCUGGUUGAUGCGGUCAUUGUCGGAUUCACAGCAGGCAUUGUAGUUGCGGCCCUCCUGACGUUCUGCGCGAUACUCGGUCACUUCGUACACUUCCGGCAGUCAGUGAUGGAUGCGAGACUGGGCAAGUUCAACUUCAAGAAGUCGGAUGCCAAGAUUGUGUUCUCCACCGGCUUCAUAGGCAUUAGCAUCUCCUCGGCCAUCGUGUCGUACAUUCUCAUUGUCGGCCUGGUCACGCUCAUACUGUUUCCCUUCUGCUUUGGGCUCACCUGGAACGUAAUUUGGAGACUCUUGCCGACGAUAAUCACCACGUUCGUGAUCCCGAAGAUCAUCUCCUUUGUGAGCAUGAAGGUCUGCAAGAAGUGCCUGUUCGGGCCAACAUUCAUCAAGACACGGGCAGGACAAUCCAUCUUUCACUUCUGGAUGACGUUUUUGGCGUUGCCUGGAGGUGUUGUUACUGCCAUAGUGCGUUUUGUGAUGGGCCUGCUUGGCGUUCUUGUCAUGCUCCCUAUCACUUAUGGGGCGAAUACCCCGCAGUUCGUCAAUAACCUGAUGCUCUUGGAUACGACGUACCGCACGUACAUUGGCUACGUGAUGAUGUUUGCUUGCCACAACAACCCGAUCAUGAUCACCGCGGCCAACCGGCUUCUGGCCAUCAAAGAAGUGAAAGAGAAGCACAAGCAGGCCGGCAAGCACUGGACCAGCUCACGCAGCCUGCUGCUUUUGAUUCUCUUGCGCUUCCCACAGUUGCGCAAGUUCAGAAAGCACGUGCUGGAAGAGGACAGAAAGGUCAAAGCCCUUCUAGACGCGAAGUCGAAGGGGAAGAAGCCGCUGCAGAGCGUCGCCGUGAAGGAGGAUCCAGGUGAGGACGACGAAGUCCCGGAGGAGGACGUCGUGCCUAAGGCCAAGAAAUUCAGCACGAUUCCUUGGGUUGAAAAUGCUGUUGCGACCGCCAUGGAAGAGGCAUCUGCGGCCAAUCGAAAGCUUGAGCUGAUGAAGAAGUACUCCGUCAUCUUGUCUGGCCUGGAAGAGGGCUCGGAGGAGCACACUCGCAUCAAAGUGGCGUUGCGAAACCUCGCAAUGCCUUCAAAGACGCAGAUGCCAGAAAGCUUCGAGGCCUGA